GCUUCUCUUAGUCUCUGUUGAUGCAGGAAUGGUUCCCAGCAACUAUGUUCAUUGUGGCAUUUCAUCAAACAACUAAUGUACGACAAUCAUGGUCCCACGUUUUACAUUCACGCGUACAUUUUUUAACAUGUCAAUUACCCAACAAAGAAGAAGUGGUGUUAUAAAGGGAGAUGAGGAGAAGGCGAAGGAAGAAUUGAAAUCCCAUUCGCAAUCUCACAUUGGCAGAUUAGUAAAAUCCUCAUUGUUCUUGUCUUCACCCAUUCGGCUUGACUUGAAGCUUCCAGGAGAAAUCAGUAUAACAUAGAAGAAGAAGUGAGGAAAUAAGGGGAGAUGAGGAGGAGGAGAAGGAGAAGGAAGGAGGGAAUUCUCGUACAGGCAGAGACUAAGAGAAGUAGUGAGCGAGGGAGAAGCGGCAUUACCCCCCCUCUUUUUUUUUCUUUGUCUAAUAGCAUAAAUGAGCACUGAGAAU